AUGGCUGACCAAUUUCUUGGCAACGGGAUUGGUAGCUUGCAUGACAUGACCUUCCUCAUGGCGGACACUGUUGUCAUCCUCAAAGGGCUCGGUGCCGGAUUCACAACUGGCGCCGCAAACUUCAAGAGUGGAACACAGGCCCUCAAGUCGAGUUUCCUCAUUGACCUCGUGGGCAUGUACCCCACAGCGGUGAUGAUGAUGUUGGAGAUGUCAAACCACUAUGCGCAGCGCACGCUGUGCAUGGAUGACAUGCCUACACUCUUGCCUCUGUCUGUGCCUUCCAAUCUGGCGUGA